UGAACCUCAAGAUGUUUUGCUCACAUCUGCUUCAGUGAGACACGUAUUGCACUCAUCCACUUGAUCUUCAUAUCCAUUUGCCAGCGUGGUCCAGUGGAGCAGACAGCGAGGAGGCGUCUCUGCCCUCUUUUGGUACCCAGGAAGCUGCGGUCCGCCUCUCAGAGAGGCUCACAGAGGGCGGACGAGGCGAGCGCUCUCUUUCCAGCGGGCUUGGAAGUCCUUCAAAGCUUUCCAACUGCCGGCGCCGAGGUCUGAAGCCCCUAAUUAGGACAUUUUCUGGAGUGGGGGGUCGUCUGGGAAAGAUGGAAAACUAACAGCCUUUCUGACGGGGGAGGCUGGCCGUUCCGUCUGAAGGUGCAGGAUGAAAAGAUGGCGCAGCUGCUUGUACCGCCAGGACCAGACAGCUUCCGCCGCUUUAGUCGUGAGUCCCUCGCCGCCAUCGAGAAGCGGGUCGCCGAAGACCACGCCAAAAAACCCAAGGGAGAGAAGAGGAAGCGCAACGAUGCGGACGAACUCAAACCCAGUCGCGACUUGGAGGCGGGCAAGUCCCUCCCCCUGGUGUACGGGGACGUUCCCAAAGGCAUGGUGUCCACACCGGUGGAGGACUUGGAUCCGUACUACAGGAAUCAGAAAACUUUCAUCGUAAUAAACAAAGGAAACGUCAUCUUCCGAUUCAAUGCUGCUCCCGCCUUGUACCUCCUGAGUCCCUUCAACCCCCUCAGAAGAAUAUCCAUUUGGAUUUUGGUUCACUCAUUGUUCAGCGUGGUGAUCAUGUGCACCAUCCUCACCAACUGUGCUUUUAUGACACUCAGUCGGCAGCCCGACUGGGCAAAGAAUGUGGAGUACACGUUCACUGGCAUCUACACCUUUGAAUCCUUGGUGAAAAUCUUAGCCCGGGGCUUCUGCAUAGGCAAGUUCACCUUCCUUAGAGACCCGUGGAACUGGCUGGACUUCUCCGUCAUCGUUAUGGCGUAUGUCACCGAGUUUGUGAACCUGGGAAACUUUUCGGCUCUGCGAACGUUCAGAGUGCUGAGAGCUUUCAAGGCUAUUUCUGUGAUCCCAGGCCUGAAGACCAUCGUGGGUGCGUUGUUCCAGUCGGUGAAGAAGCUUUCAGACGUGAUGAUCCUCACCGUCUUCUGCUUGAGCGUCUUCGCCCUCAUCGGCCUGCAGUUGUUCAUGGGCCAUUUGAAGCAAAAGUGCGUGUUCAUGCCCGUACACAACCACUCCAUCGUCAACGCCACGUCCUCCGACGACACCUACAUCAACGCGGCGCACCCCGCCCACCGGGAAGCGGCGUUCAACUGGACCGAGUACUCGCUGGAUCGGAGAAAUUACUACUACCUGCCGGACAAACGGGAUCCUUUGCUGUGUGGAAACGGCAGCGAGGCCGGGCAGUGUCCGGAGGGCUUUUCAUGCAUCAAAGUGGGGAAGAACCCAGACUACGAUUACACCAGCUUUGACUCGUUCGGAUGGGCCUUCCUGUCUCUCUUCCGACUCAUGACGCAGGAUUACUGGGAGAACCUCUACCAGCAGACGCUGCGGGCGUCCGGAAAGCCUUACAUGGUGUUCUUCGUGCUGGUGAUCUUCCUGGGCUCCUUCUACCUCAUCAACUUGAUCCUGGCCGUGGUGGCGAUGGCGUACGAGGAGCAGAGCCAGGCCACCAUCAAGGAGGCUCAGGAGAAGGAGGAGGAGUUCCAGGCCAUGUUGGAGCAGCUCAAACGACAGCAAGAAGACGCUCAGGCUGUGGCGUCGGCGUCCGGCGAGCGCGGGGAGGUCGGCGACGACGCCGGCGGCGCCGAGAGCUCCUCCGAAACCUCAAAGCUCAGCUCCAAAAGCGCCAAAGAGAGAUGCAACAGGCGCAGGAAAAGGAAGGAGGAAGAGAAGGUCCCCAAGUCCGAAUCUCAGGAUAGCAUCAAGAAGGCCCGAUGCCGCUUCUCCGUGGAGCCCGACUUACUCAACUGUGACACCAAGUCCUCCUCGGCCCACCAGUCCUUUCUGAGUAUUCACGGACCCCCAUUCUCAUCCAGACGGAACAGCAGGACCAGCGUUUUCAGUGAUGUGGGCUCAGAAAAUGAGUUUGCGGACGAUGAGAACAGCAUUUUUGAGGACAGCCAGACCGGAAGGAGCUCUUUGUUUUUCCCCCGCCACAGCAGCAGCGUCAGCCAGUCCAGCUUCUUUCCGCAUCCGCUGCUCUCGCCCUGCAGGACCAAGCGCAGCUCUGUAGACUGCAACGGUGUGGUGUCCUUAAUGGGGGCCCAUUCUAUCCCAUUGUCGCCCCUGGGCCGCUUUCUUCCUAAAGUGACAGUAGAUAUGAGCUCCGCUAGAGACAAAGCUGACAACACCACGGACACGGAGGGAGGAACAAACCAGGAAGGCGCAGACUUUCCCGAGCACCCAGAGGUCAGGGACAGAGCUCAUAGCGUUGCAAGUGUCAUAACCAGCACCGUGGAAGAGCUUGAGGAAUCGAGGCAGAAGUGUCCUCCCUGCUGGUAUAACUUUGCACACACCUUUCUCAUCUGGGAAUGUUGUCCAGCCUGGCUGAAGAUUAAGAAGAUUGUCAAACUAAUUGUGAUGGAUCCGUUUGUGGACUUAACCAUCACGAUCUGCAUCGUCCUGAACACCUUGUUCAUGGCCAUGGAGCAUUACCCAAUGACCAAGAGUUUCUCCAGCAUCCUGGCUGUGGGCAAUAUGGUGUUCACCGGCAUCUUCACGGCUGAAAUGGUCCUCAAGAUCAUCGCUUUGGAUCCGUACUAUUACUUUCAGGAAGGGUGGAACAUUUUUGAUGGGAUCAUUGUCAGUUUGAGCUUGAUGGAGCUGUGCUUGGCCAACGUGGUUGGCAUGUCGGUCUUGAGAUCUUUCAGAUUGCUGCGAGUGUUCAAGUUGGCCAAGUCAUGGCCCACGCUCAACACCCUCAUCAAAAUCAUUGGUAACUCCGUGGGGGCUUUGGGCAAUCUGACGCUGGUGCUGGCCAUUAUUGUCUUCAUCUUUGCUGUGGUGGGCAUGCAGCUUUUUGGGAAAAGCUACAAGGACUGUGUGUGUAAAAUCUCCAGCGACUGCACUCUGCCCCGUUGGCACAUGAAUGACUUCUUCCAUUCGUUCCUCAUUGUGUUCCGAGUGCUAUGUGGAGAGUGGAUAGAGACCAUGUGGGACUGCAUGGAAGUGGCUGGAACAACCAUGUGCAUCAUUGUCUACAUGAUGGUCAUGGUUAUUGGAAACCUCGUGGUGCUGAAUCUGUUCCUGGCCUUGCUGCUGAGUUCUUUCAGCGCGGACAACCUGGCCGCGACAGAGGACGACAGCGACACAAACAAUUUGCAAAUCGCGAUCGGACGGAUCCACAACGGCAUCGCCUUCGUCAGAUCGCUGCUUCAGAGCAGCUGCAACAGCGUUUGUCUGAGGAAGAGCAGGCAAAACCAGACAGUCGAUAAAUCUUCCCUGGAUGACUUCCACAAAGCUUCCGGACCCAACGGCGUCCCCAACCACACCAUCAAGGAGCUACCGAGGAACGGCAACGGCGACGUGACCGGAGUGGACAAAAGCGGGGACAAGUACAUAGUCUGCAGCAAGACGGACGAUUCCAUCAUGUCGUUCAUCAACAACCCCAGCCUGACGGUCAACGUUCCCAUCGCGGCGGGGGAGUCCGACUUUGAAAACCUCAACACGGAAGACUUCAGCAGUGUCUCGUCUGACGCGGGGGGAUGCCGGGUGAUUGUGGAUGACGAUGGCCAGCUCAGCUCCUCUGAGGGCAGCACGGUGGACUUUGGGGAAAACAGAGAUGGAGGAGAGUCGGUGGACUUUGAAUUAGAGGAAUCCAUGGAGCCUGACGCCUGCUUUCCUAACGGCUGCGUGCAAAGGUUUCAGUGUUGUCAAGUCAAUGUGGAGGUGGGCCGGUGGAAAAUGUGGUGGACUCUCAGAAAGACCUGUUUCCGGAUUGUGGAGCACAACUGGUUUGAGAGCUACAUCAUCUUCAUGAUCCUGCUUAGCAGCGGUGCUCUAGCUUUUGAGGAUGUCUACAUUGAGACCAGGAAGAACAUCAAAACCGUGCUGGAGUACGCCGACAAGAUGUUCACCUACAUCUUCAUCUUGGAGAUGUUGCUGAAGUGGGUGGCCUACGGCUUUGCCAAGUAUUUCACCAACGCCUGGUGUUGGCUCGACUUCCUCAUUGUUGCUGUGUCUCUGGUCAGCCUGACAGCCAACGCCAUGGGAUUUGCUGAACUUGGUGCCAUCAAGUCUCUCAGAACCCUGCGAGCCCUGAGGCCCCUGAGAGCCUUGUCAAGGUUCGAGGGCAUGAGGGUGGUUGUCAAUGCCCUGCUGGGGGCCAUUCCAUCCAUCUUCAACGUGCUGUUGGUGUGCCUCAUCUUCUGGCUCAUCUUCAGCAUCAUGGGAGUGAACCUGUUUGCGGGGAAGUACUACCACUGCGUCAACAGAUCCACAGAUGAGCGUUUUCUGCCCUCAGAAGUGAGGAACAUGACGGAAUGUCUGGCCUUGGGGAAGGAGGCGGCUCGUUGGAAGAAUAUUAAGAUCAACUUUGACAACGUGGGACUGGGUUACCUGGCACUGCUGCAAGUGGCUACUUUCAAGGGUUGGAUGGACAUCAUGUACGCUGCAGUCGACUCCCCAAGCAAGCCCGAGGAACAGCCCGCCUAUGAGAUCAACCUGAAGAUGUAUCUGUAUUUUGUUGUGUUCAUCAUUUUCGGAGCAUUCUUCACUCUCAAUCUCUUCAUUGGCGUCAUCAUAGACAAUUUCAACCAGCAAAAGAAAAAGUUUGGAGGCCAAGACAUCUUCAUGACUGAAGAACAGAAGAAGUACUACAACGCCAUGAAGAAGCUGGGCUCCAAGAAGCCCCAGAAACCGAUUCCCAGACCGUCGAACAAGUUCCAAGGCUACAUCUUUGACAUCACCACCAAGCAAGCGUUUGAUGUUGUCAUCAUGGUUCUGAUCUGGCUGAACAUGGUGGCGAUGAUGGUGGAAACGGACGACCAGUCCGAACAAAAGAAAGAAAUCCUCAGCUGGAUCAACGGUGUCUUCAUUUGCGUCUUCACGGGCGAGUGUUUGCUGAAGAUGAUCGCACUCCGCCAUUAUUUUUUCACAAACGGUUGGAAUGUGUUUGAUUUUAUCGUCGUGGUUCUCUCCAUCAUCGGUAUGUCUCUCUCUGAGCUGAUUGAGAAAUAUUUUGUGUCGCCGACCUUGUUCCGGGUCAUCCGACUGGCUCGAAUCGGACGCGUCCUCCGCCUUAUUAAAAGUGCCAAAGGGAUCCGUACGCUCUUGUUUGCCUUGAUGAUGUCACUUCCUGCCUUGUUCAACAUUGGCCUCUUGCUCUUUUUGGUGAUGUUCAUCUACGCCAUCUUUGGCAUGUCAAACUUUGCGUACCUGAAGAGGGAAGCGGGCAUCGACGACCUUUUCAAUUUCGAGACCUUCGGCAACAGCAUGAUCUGCCUGUUUCAGAUCACCACCUCGGCUGGGUGGGACGGCUUGCUCGCCCCGAUCCUCAACAAGUACGAAGACGAUUGCAACAGCGCCAUGGAGCACCCUGGCAGUUCUGUCAAAGGAGACUGCGGUUCUCCUUCUGUGGGCAUCGCCUUCUUUGUGAGCUACAUCAUCAUCUGCUUCCUGAUUGUCAUCAACAUGUACAUUGCAGUCAUUCUGGAGAACUUUGGCGUAGCCACUGAGGAGAGCGCCGACCCGCUGAGUGAGGACGACUUUGAAAUGUUCUACGAGGUUUGGGAGAAGUUUGAUCCGCGUGCAACCCAGUUUAUGGAAUACAACAAGCUUUCUGAGUUUGCUGACGCUUUGGACCCGCCGUUACGUAUAGCCACGCCUAACAGGAUCGAAUUGAUCUCCAUGGAUCUUCCCAUGGUGAGUGGGGAACGCAUCCACUGCCUGGACAUCCUCUUUGCCUUCACCAAACGGGUUCUUGGCGAGGGAGGGGAGAUGGACAUCCUAAGGGGACAAAUGGAAGAGAGGUUCAUGGCCUCCAAUCCUUCCAAAGUGUCAUACGAGCCCAUCACCACCACGCUCCGCCGCAAGCAGGAGGACACCUCGGCUGUGGUCAUCCAGAGAGCCUUCAGAGAGCAUCUGAGGAGGCUGGCGACUGAUAAAACCUCAGAUGAGGCCAAAGACGACAUCCCCAAGGACGAGAAGCCCGUCGACAAGGAAGAUCCGGUCACGGACAAGCUUGUUUCCAGCUCAGACAAGAAAGAAUCCUCAACUCUGUCUCAACCUUCUUGUAACAGCGUGACAACAAGCGGGAGGAACACGUCUGAAAAAGACAACAGUGAACUGGAGCUCACAGGCAAGGACGUCACCGAGCGUGAUGCGUGAGAAUGUGGGAGAUGCCGCAAAGACGUUGUGAUUCAUGACAAAAUGUUUACAGCGGCACUGGACUCCUCGUGGUGUGGACCUCUAUGCCAAAGAACCUGAAGGUUGGUGCCUAAAGGGAAAGAUGGCAGUAAAAGCGUCUUUCAGGAGGGAUGGAUGGGUGUGGGACGUGUUCCAAAAGACACUUGAGUUCAUGCUUGAACUUCUGUUGCAGCUAGUGUCGUCUUGGAUUCCAACUAUAUCACGGACUCUUCUGUUGCCUACUUCUUCUGCAGCAUUGUGUGGGAUGUCUUUUCUUUUUGCACGACUGAUUGCCUUUUUAUACGCUUUCUUUUUCUUUAACUUUUCAAAGGUGUUCUGUCGGGGGUCAGGGAACUGCUCCAAUGCUAGCUGUGCUGCGAACAGCGCGUAGAAUACUUGAAAAGUCCAACAGACGAUGCUGCAGUUCAUGUUGUUUCUGGAAUUAUGCAUGUGUACCAUCUUCAUCAGCUUGUUUGUUCCCUUGCUUCGUGAUAUGAGGAGUCAAGACGUGGAUUUUUCUAGAAAGGGAAACAGAAAUGUUGCAACAAUUCUUCUUGCCAACACGUGUGUGGUUGGAAAGUUAGUUUAUUUCUCUUUGACAUCAACAUGCCUGUGAAUAUUCUCAUUCAUCCUGGCAACAUCUGUCUUAGAAGAUGCUCAAAGACUAGGUGGGACACACUAGUCAGACUAGAUAGGACAGCUCUAGCUUGAGAGGUGAAAGUGAUACCAUCGAAACUAUCGUAGGUGGGCAGAGGCCCACUCCAUUGUAUCCUAACCAUGGUCAUUUGAAGACGUCCUCCUUUAGAGGAUAAAUAGAUUGGAUCUUGCACCGAGCUCUCAGACUGGAGCUGUCCUAUCUAGUCUGCCUGGUCAGUGUCCCACCGAGUUUUUGAUCAGAGGCCAAACGUCUUCUAAGACAACCUCAACAUCCCAGUUGGCAUCCAUUCAGUGCCCUGGGUUUACAUGAACAUGCAUUUGUGUCAGAGUUGAAGGUCAUGCAGGGAUGUGGACUCUGCAUCGGUCUGUUGUGGUGAAGGGGGAGCUGAGCCGAAAAGCAAAGCUCUCAAUUUGCCGGUCCAUCUACGUUCCUACCCUCACCUAUGGUCGUGAGCUUUGGGUAGUGACCAAAAGGACAAGAUCGCGGGUACAAGCGGCCGAAAUGAGUUUUCUCAUGGGGGUGGCUGGGCUCUCCCUUAGAGAUAAGGUGACAAGCACUGUCAUCCGGGAGAAACUUGGAGUAGAACCUCUGCUCUGAGCUAGAUGAGGUGGCUCAGGCAUCUGGUCAGGAUGCCUCCCUGGGGAGGUGUUCAGGUCCGACCGGUAGGAGGGCUCAGGGAAGUCCCAGGACACGUGGGAGAGACUAUGUCUCUCAGCUGGCCUGGGAAUGUCUCGGGAUCCGCCCGGAGGAGCUGGAUUAAGUCGCCGUGGAGAGGGAAGUCUGAGCUUCCCUGCUCAGGCUGCUGCCCCCGUGACCCGACCUCGGAUAAGCAAAAGAAGAUGGAUGUGUGGACAAAAAUUUUUUAAAAAGUACAGUUUUCCUUUUAAGUUCAAUGAAAGAGUGAAUGGCAAAAGCAGAAGAAGCUGUGAGAUUUAGCACGCAGAUGCAUGUUUCUAACAAAGAGGUCAUCUUUUAAAGGGGAAAUGAAGUCGUUCUGAUUGUUUGAUGUUUAUUGUCAAGAAGGACUGUUCCAAAAGACAAACGAUCAGCCACUAAAGCGUUUGCAGCCUUUUUGUUUUGUGGUUCCACUGGCCCGUCACUCAUCAGCAACUUGGCAGGGGAACAACUUUGCACAUUCAAUUUUGUUGUGAUAUUUGUGAAGGGCAUCUCAGGUCACUGCGUUUCUCAGUGUACCAUUCUUCCAUAUUGCUGAUUACAUUCAACUUUUAUCAUCAAACUGCUAAAAAUAGACCAUUAUCAGUAAUAUUGUCUCAGUUGGGCGGAGGUGUCGCACAAGUUUCACGCUCAUGUCUUUCGUUGUGGUCCUCACCCUGUUGGUUGUUGAGCAGGUACAAAGUUGUGGCUUUCAAAUAAUAUUGGUUUAGUAAAAAUGUCUGUGAACACGUGUGCCCUAAAAAAGACGACCGCUGCUGACAUGAGUGCAUUUUAGUCCAGUGUGUCUUUUUAAUGUUUUGGUGGGACUUUUUCAAAUGUUUUUUUUUUUACCUGGCCGUCUUUAUUAUCAUGAUAAAUAUCAAAAUUAGAGGUAUGCAGGACUGAACGUGGGCACGCGGCCCCUCCUCUCUACUUGUGUUUACAUUGGACGUGUGGCUUUUUUGUCACUGAUGGCCGUUCGUGUUUUGUGGAGUGUUUCAUACAUGAAUGCGAGUGUAUGUUGUGCACGUCAUGAAAACAUUCAAUACGUAACUGCUUUGGGUGGAUGAUGACACAGACGUAAUAUCUCCCAUCAUAAAUAUGCAUAAUGCUGUAGCGCAUGGAUGCACUGCAUGCAACACUGCUGUAACCCAUUUCAGUGAAAA